AUGAGUGGUAGAGCACCAUGUAUACGUACACUUGUUACUAAGGAAGUGAGGGACAAAAUUACGAAUGCCAUAGAGGGAUUACCGUUGCAUCAGAAAACUUUGCUUCAAUUGCAAGAUACAUUGAAAAGAAAUGAUGCGUUAGCAAUCCCACUACUGCGAGAUGUUGUGAGUUAUGAAACUACUGGAAAGUCAAAGUUUUUAGAAUCUAUCAUCUAUCGAUUAUAUUUCCAAUGGCUGAAUGAAGUACCGAGUCAUUUAAAACCAUUAUUGAACCAAUACGAGCAUUUAAAAUCUAAUUGGCCCAUUGAGAGACAUAUAAAAUUUAAGAAUGCAGAGCCUGAAGCUAUUUCAUUACGCAACGCAUGGAUGCGUAACAAGGCAACCGCAGUGGAUCUAUCCACAUCCGAUGGUGUUAUCAAGCCGAUUCUAAAUCAUUUCAGAUAUUUGCGAGUGAAUGAAGACAGGUUGUGUAAGAAAAAAGUGGGUCUGCCUAUACUAGAGGUUCCAUUGAACGUAUUUGGCACUGAGAUUCCAGAGUGUAGAGUAAACAAUCUACUGAAAAAAAGAAUUGCCCAUGUAAAGAAAAGUUUACUGGAAGACAAUCCGAUGCUUUCUCCAAAAUUAGAAGAUACCUUGCAUUCGAUUAUCAAUGAUAGCAAGAAUACUAGAGCAUUGAAAAGAGUUUACUUGAGAAGUUGCUCUCGAGCCUACACCGGAGAAAGCAACCCUAAGGAUAGUUCGAAUAUCACUUUUCACAUAAUAGAUUGGUAA